CGCGGUGCCGUUUCCGGUCUGCUUGCCGUGUGUGAGGGAGACUGCCGGAGACAUGUCCACGGGGUUUUCAUUCGGGGCCCCCGCGGGGGCCACCACCACCACUACCCUGAACCCGGCAACGGGUGCUGCGGCUCCUUUCUCAUUCGGGGGGGCGGCAGCAGCACCGGCGGCGGCGGUAGCAGCCAGCAAUGCUGGUUUUGGUGGCUUUGGCUCCCCUGCAACCGCUGCAGCUACUACAGCGAGUACAGGUCUUGGUGGAGGACUUUUUGGACAAAAACCUGCAACUGGAUUUACACUAGGUGGAGCAAACCCAGGAGUGGCUCCGACAUCUACACCUACCACUGGAUUCAGUUUGGCAUUCAAUAAACCUGCAGGUUCUGCUACACCUUUCUCUCUGCCUACAGCUAGUAGUGCCGCAACUGGCCUUUUAUCAUCUGCGUUGACUUCAACUCCUGCAGCAGGAUCCUCUGGAUUUACAUUAAACUUGGGAAAUACAGCAGCCACAACUACAGCAGCCUCCACUGGUCUUUCACUUGGUGGGUCGUUAGCAGGAGGACUAGGUGGAUCCAUCUUUCAAAACACCAGUCAACCUAUAACAGGACUUGGGCAAAACACAUUGGGUUUAGGUUUAAAUCUAGGAGUUGCUGCCCCAGCCACACAAACGACAAGUGAUGGACUAGGUGGAAUAGAUUUUAGCAGCUCAUCAGACAAAAGAAGUGACAGAACUGGAAACCGGCCUGAGGACAGCAAAGCCUUAAAGGAUGAAAAUCUACCUCAAUUAAUACGUCAGGAUGUAGACAAUUUCCAGAAAUUUGUAAAAGAGCAGAAACAAGUUCAAGAGGAAAUUAGCAGGAUGUCUUCGAAAGCAAUGCAGAAGGUCCAGGAGGAUACGAAAGCUCUGAAGCAGCUCUUAUCUGUUGCAUCCAGUAGUCUGCAGAGAAAUGCACUGGCAAUCGACAAACUGAAAAUGGAAACAGCUCAGGAACUGAAAAAUGCUGAAAUAUCUUUGAGGACACAGAAAACACCCCCCGGCCUCCAGCAUGAGAAUACAGCUCCUGCAGACUACUUCCGGUCAUUGGUGGAACAGUUUGAAGUGCAGUUACAGCAAUAUAGACAGCAAAUAGAGGAACUGGAAAACCACCUUACAACGCAAGCCUAUAGUUCACACUUAACUCCUCAAGAUUUGUCCAUGGCAAUGCAGAAGCUUUAUCAAUCCUUUGUAGCUUUGGCGGCUCAGCUUCAGUCAGUACAUGAAAAUGUUAAGAUGCUCAAAGAACAAUACCUUGGCUACCGGAAAACUUAUUUGGGGGAUUCCUCGGAUGUGUUUGAAGCACGGAGGUUGGAAGUGAAGAAGUGGCAGAGCAUACCGCACGUCACCACGGGACCCACCCCAUUCAACAACAUACCAAACGCUGCUGCUGUUGCUAUGGCUGCAACCCUUACACAGCAACAGCAGCCUGCUACAGGGCCACGGCCACCUCUGGGAGUUAGUUUUGGAACACCCUUCGGCUCAGCCAUGAACACUGCCUUGCAGCAGCCAAGUGGUUUGGGCUCUUCAAGCCUUGGAGGAUUUGCAAGUAGUUCUGCUUUUGGAAGCAACACCUCUGGGGCUCCCACAUUUGGCUUUGGAACCGCAAAUAAGCCGUCGGGAAGCUUGAGUGCAGGCUUUGGCAGUUCAUCUACAUCUGGAUUUAACUUCAGCAAUCCUGGCAUCAAUGCAUCAGCUGGUUUAACCUUUGGCGUAUCAAACCCCUCAUCUACGGGGUUUGGGACAGGACAGCUGCUUCAGCUUAAGAAGCCUCCAGCGGGAAACAAAAGAGGGAAAAGAUAGACUUUUUAAUUUUAAAAAAAUGCAUCUAGUUAUUACAUUCUAAAGAUCUAUUUUUCUAAAUUGGUGCUGUAAUUGUUUCCCAAGAGGUUUCUAAAUUUGAUAUUUUUACAAUUUGAUCUGAAAGGUUUGUUUUGACAUUUAACCGGUCCCAUCAGUAUUUUCAUGUCCAAAACCAGGGAUUAUCCAGAUAUAUAUUCAGUGUCUUAUAUUUUUUUUUAUUGUUUAUUUUUUGGUAUAGAGCCUUUCAUUUUCUUUUCAACGUUCCCAUUUAAGUUUUAACACAAAAAGAUGUAGAUUUUUAUUUUCUCAUAUUUUUUUUUCCCAUAAAACUAUGCAUGUCAACAAUUUAUUCAGAUAAGUAUUAUAUAAUAUCUUGUUUUAAAAUCGAACACAUGGGUUUAGGUGCAAAGCUGUCAUCUUCUGUACAGACUAGCUUUACCAAGCCAUAUAUGUAUAAUCAAGUAUGUUUGUCUCAAGAAAAGCGUAGAGCCCUAAGUGUCAAAAUUAAUUUCUGGAAAUUGUUUUUCCCAAAGGCAAAUAUUUCGUUUUUUACUUUUGGUCACAUCAUCCAUCGAUUUAAAAAAAAAAAAAAAAAAAAACACAGUAAGAUUUGACAUUGUUUUACCCAGUCAUAUCCCUCCACUACCUCCCAGGUGGUUUAGAGGAGGUAGUAAUAUACAACAAAACAUGUCUUAAGAUUUUUAGUUGUAUGCCCAUAAUUCUUAAUAUAGUGUCAAGUUGCUGUUUUUUGUAUUUGCCAAUGGUACUUUUUUUUUGUUAGUAUUUGAAUAUGUUCCUUUGAUGUGUGCAUGGGGUUUGCAUUAGUGUUUUGAAUAGUGUGUGUGCGAGUGUAUCUAUUUGUACAAAGUAGUGGAUGUCUUGAUCCUAAUACCUUAUCUGCUACCCAUCUGCUUUGCCACCUAUUUUUUAUCAAUGUUUAAUUUCAUGAGUUUUCCAUGCCGACACAUGUUUUGUUGGAUGGUUUAGAGCAUUUUCUUGUAUCAUGUCUCAUACUUUACAUUUUGCUUUGUGUGAAAUCGCUUAAAUACUGUUUCUGGCUUUAGAUUUUGAUAUGAAGUACAUCUGCUUUUCCUCUGAUCUCUCCAGCAUCUGUGGAAAAAUAGUGGGGUUGUCAUAGUUAAAAUGUUCUAUUAAUCCGCACUCAUCGGUUUGGAAAAUCCUGGAUGUACUCCACUUAAAGAUAUUGUAUGUAUCAAACAGCUUUAAGUUAAUGAAGCUGUUUUGGUGUAUAGAUCAUGCCCCUGAAAUCUCACUGCUUAAGUAUCUACCAUUCAGGAGUUAACUCACUUUUUGUUUAUGUAGCCCUAGCCACACUUCCCCUGGCUGUGCUGCACACAACCUGCAUAAAGAACUGGUUUCAAUUUUAAUCAGAUGUUAACUUACCUUUGAAGUUUGUAUCUCCUGCUCUGUAAAUUGACUUUUUUUAAUCACACACGAGAGGCUCCUGCAGGUUCUAGCAGGCUGUUAAGAGUCAGAGAAAAAAAAAAUAGAACAUUGUAAUAAAGUUUAAACAUUAGAUCUUUUUACAUGAAGUGUUUAGGAAGACUGUAUAGGUCACAUGCAGGGUGGUGUUACUAGCAUUGCGUAUACCGUGAUUUGACUCCUAAAUAGCAGAGAAUUGAUCAGCGACACUGCAGGGACAUGAUCUAUAGACGAAAUCUGCUGCAUUAAGCUAAAGUUGUUUUGGUGACUCUAGUAUCCCAUUAAUUUGUGUCUACCUUUAACUACCACUAGGAUUACUUAUUGUGGAUAUGACACCCAGUGAUGCUAUAAUCACAUUAAGGGGUGGGAAUGUAAUGUAGCAUUACUAGUGCUAUCAAGAUCUAAUAUUCUUUUGUAUAUAUUUGGUAUGGCUCUUGCUGCUAAAUGGCUUCAUGCACGGUCAUUGCACUAGUCAUUGUCAAUCUUAAUGUUUGUGAUUAAUGAGGUCUCAAUAUUUACAAUGUUGCCCAAAUAAGACAUCUUGAGCCAUUGAUGUAGACCUUUGUCCUUGUGAUGAGAGUUUUGACACAUGUCCCCACCAAGCAAUGUCCUGUAAUCCGAGGCGAUAGAUCAUAUUUGUAAGUCGCAGUGGAAAAUGAAGAGCAUACAUAAGUUGCGGGUUUCUACUUUUGGCCAGUCACCAGGCUCUGGGCCUGUUAACCAUGUCUCAAUUGGAGGGUAAAUAAUAUAUUUGUAAUUUUCAAAUAGUCAUACGUCUAGAUCUUGUAUAAUGCACUGGAGUUUAGAAAAUGUGUACGUUUAUUUAGCAGAGGUGUUUAGUUUAAAAAACAAAAC